AACUAACAGACCUGAUGCUACUGAAAGUGGAAAGUCAAGAUUUUAAUGAAAUUGAAAAGAAAGAUCAUGAUUUCAGUUUUGUAGAAAAGUCAUUUAGUUGCUCAAAGACUGAAACGACUUCACAAAAAAGAGCAAAUGGAAGUUAUUUCAUCUGCCAACAUUGUGGAAAAAGUUUUAACGGAAAAGGAAACCUUAACAAACACAAGCUAAUUCACACUGGAGAGAAGCCUUUCACCUGCCCUCAGUGUGGAAAAAGUUUUACUCAAAAAGCAAUCCUUGAGAGACACAUUAGAAUUCACACCGGUGAGAAGCCUUACACAUGCAUACUGUGUGGAAAUAGUUUCGUUCAAAAAGGAAUCCUCAAAACUCACAUGAAAAGUCAUACUGGAGAAAAGCCUUUCAACUGCAAACUAUGUGGAAGAAGAUUCGUUCAAAAAGCAAGCCUUAGAAACCACAUGAGAAUUCAUACUGGAGAACAGCCUUACACCUGCCCUCAAUGUGGACAGAGUUUCACUCAAAAAGGAAACCUUACACAACACAUGAGAAUUCACACUGGAGAGAAGCCUUACACCUGCCAACAGUGUGGAAGGGGUUUCACUCAUAAAGGAAACCUUAAAAAACACAUGAACAGUCACACUGGAGAGAAGCCGUUCACCUGCAAUCAGUGUGGCAAGAGUUUCACAGCAGAACUAAACCUUAGGUAUCACAUGAACAGUCACACUGGAGAGAAGUUGUUCACAUGUGGUCAGUGUGGAAAGAGUUUCAGACGUAAAGACACCCUUAAUUUCCACAUGAAGAUUCACCUUUUAUGACCAGUGUAAUAAACAGUUCUUUGCCUUCACAUCCAUCAUUUUGUCCAAAUUUGACUUCCCCACCUUCAUGACCUUCUUUCACACUGGUCUUCUUUUCCUCAGUUUCAAAAAUUGAGUGGAUGCAGUAAACACCCUCUAAUGUUGAUUGUAUGGAGGAGUCA